AUUGACAUAAGGAACGAUUUGUCUCUAUUAGCAUUCUGGGAAGUAAACAUGGUGAACGAAAUGUUACGUUUAUAAUAGCUGGCGCCCUCUCGUCAGAUACUAAGCAUGAACUUGAAAAAUCUUUUUCAAGAUUUUAAUCCCAGCAAGUUCCUUGUGUUUAGUUGUCUCUUGGUUUUUUCCCUCUUGUUUGCACUUCGACUUGACCACACCAUAGAGUGGAGCUACUGGGUUGUCUUCCUUCCAAUAUGGCUUUGGAAACUUGUUGUUAUAUCAGGAUCUGUCGUUGGUAGCUAUGUUUGGUGGAAAAACCCUCACUACAGACUAGAAGGAGACAGCUAUGUUCAGUACAAAGCCAUGGUGAUGUGCACUGGCAUGCAUUUGCUGCUGCUCAUGUUUGAAGUUCUGGCCUGUGACAACUUGCAGACAGCUGCACACUCAUGGCUUCUUGUCUUCAUCCCUCUUAUCUUCAUGGCUUUGGUCUCUGUUGGCAUCUGCAUUUGGGCUGUAAAGAAUGAGAGAUCCUUUGAGAUGGAGCUGUUUUGUGCAGUCAACAUUUUACAGUUUAUUUUCUUGGGACUGCGUUUAGACAUGGUCAUCACAUGGAGCUGGGUGAUUGUUUUCAUUCCAAUAUGGAUCGUGAUGUGCGUGGCACUUAUUGGGGUGUUGUACGCUAUUGUGCUGGCCAUAAUACUGUUAAAGUCACCAGACAUCAUUCCUGAACAAAGGCGAGGAAAUGUGUCUUCAGCAGUAGGAUAUUCUUUCCUUGUUGUUCCACUCCUUAUUUUUGAGAUAUUGUUGGCGAAUCGACUGGAUCACACUAAUGGGUUCAAGUUCACUGCAAUCACUAUUCCUCUUCUCCUGUCUCUUAUAACACUUGUUUGUUUGUCGUUCGGUGCCAAAGGUGGAAACAACUGGUGGUUUGGCAUCAGAAAAGAUUUUUGCCAGUUCUUGCUGGGUACUUGUCCGUGUUUACAGGAGUAUGGCAACAUUUCCUACUCCUUACAGUACAAUGAUUCAGAAAGUGGAAGCAGCACCCCUGUAUGUGAAAAAGCUAAAGAAUUCAAGAGCAGAAAAGAACCCAUUGAUGAACAACCCAAGGCAGUAGUUCCAAUUUUAUCUAUAGAAACACCGGACUGACGUUUUGACAAAUUUUAUAUGUGUUUAUGACUAUGCAUUUGAGGAUGCUUGCAUGUAACAGCUGGUUGGGUAUUAGGAUAUGUGCUUGUACUUACAAUUGACAAUUAUAAUAUAUAUGUAUAUUAGCAAAUGAGUUUGUGCUUUUCAGAUAUAUAUAUAGAGAGAGCAAAUGAGUUUGUACAUGUCAUAUAUAUAUAUAGAGAGAAUGCAAGCUUUUGUCCAGAGUUAUGUAUGUGUGUGAGAGAACAGCAAAACAAGACAUCCAGAAUCUUUUUAAGUCCACUGAUAGUGUUUUAGAGCCUUAAAAGAGUCUAUUCUCAGUUAAUCUACUCAACAUGUUCCACAGAGUGUGAGUAAUCAUGUAUGCUUGGGUGAAUGUGAAAAUAAAAAGCAGUGUUUAAAAAUAAAGUUCUGUGGAGGUGGUAGUGGUAGCUUAAAGAUUUAUCAGGAUUCAAGCAUCAAACUGAGCUUGUAUUUUACAAAGUUUUAUUUUAGAGAGAGAAAUACUGUAAAUGUUUAAGACCAGGGUACCCCUCCAUGAGCUUUUGCUUUGACCUCGCAUUGCAAUAUUUAGGGAACCAUAAGCUGUCCCAAUAUAAAUGUGAUAUCUUUAAAGUCUGGUUGCCCAAAGGGCCAUUGCAUUCUGAAAUGUUCUACGUUGCCUAAUGCCUCAUACCACUGUCAAACUUCCUGAAGCUCACCUGCUUCUCCCCUCACCCCAAACAAGGUUAUGGCAUUAAUUUUAAGUUUCAUUUUACUGUACAUUUUAGUGAAUAGACCAUUUUUUUAUGCAGACUUGUUUGGAUUUCAGGAAUAGCCAGGCUCUACACAUUACUGUUAUAUUGUGGGCAAAAACUUUCUUCUAAACUAUCUUUUAAUUUUUCUUUUUGGCUUCACUUGUUUAUAAAUCAUAAUUUUAUAGCCUUAUGUAUCCUGCUUCAAACUAAAAGAUGUUUAAUAAAAUUUACCAAGUCUGACAAACCAAAGGGGAGGGUGGAAUAGACUACUAUAUGGUGUAGACAGUUUGAAAAUCUCUACAUAAUUUACUCAUUUUCAUCAAUUUCUUUUAUGUCUUUUUGGAUUUGCCUUAUUUUUCAAAGAAAAAUAAAAAGUUGAAUUACAUACUGUA